AUGGUCCCAAGCGCAGGCACAGCAAUUCCAUCACACACCCACGCCCACUCCUCCUCUUCCUCCAUCAGCAGCCCUCUAAACCCGUCCACUACCCCCACAGUCACCAGCGCUUCCAUCCCAUCCAACACCACCGUCCCCAACCCCGCCCAACCCAUCACCGGCAUCGAAGUCCUCGAAACAGACAAAUUCCGCCUAACCUGUUUCCAAACCGUGACGGGGACGAAGUUCCUCCUCUUCACGGACCCGCUGAUGGCGGGCGUGGACGUCGUCAUGCGGAAGAUCUACGAACUGUAUGCGGACUACGUGAUGAAGAAUCCGUUUUAUCAGUUGGAGAUGCCAGUGAGGUGCGAGGCCUUUGAUCGGCACGUUGCGGGGUGGGUGAAGGGGAGGGGAUAG